AUGAACGUCGAUCAAACUACUAAUUAUAUUUGUAGUAAUAAUAAUAAUAAUAGUAAUAAUAACAGUUAUGAAAUUGGUAAUUUAUUUAAUCAAUAUAAAUUAACUCCAGAACUCUAUUUCAAUGAAUCAAGUAAAGUGCUUGAUUAUGUGAUCAAUAACAAAAGCAAUGAAAAGAAGCUACAAUAUAUAAUAUUAAUUUAUCAGACCUAUCAUUCACUGUAUAGAUAUGAUAAAGAUCACCUAACAAGUGUUGAGCACCUCUUACAAUCGAUCAAAGAUACUCCCACAUGGAAUUCACUUCACAACUACAUCAUCAAUUCACCACUCACCCUAAACAUACAAAAACAUGGUGACUAUCAUUCUCUAUUUAAAUAUAUUCCUUCAUUUGAAUCUUUAAUAAUGAAUAAUAAUAACUAUAAUUGCUAUAACAAUAACAAUAAUAAAUCACCAACCAUUUCAAAUCUACUAUUACAAUAUAUUUUGGAGAUAUUAUUUAAAGAUAAAACAUUAAGUAGUCAGUGGAAAGUAUCACUUGGUAGUGUUUGUAAACAGUUUCAUAUGGUUUGUUCGAAUAUCCUAUCGAACCAUCCAAUUCCUAUGGACAUCUACUCAGGUAUAUCGAUUGGCUCACAGUUUUGUCUAUAUAAAAGUCCUCCUCUUUAUUUGUGCUCAACAGAAAUACAAUACAUUCCUAGCCAAUUCAAACGCCAAUGCCUAAACAACUUACUUUUAUUUACUCUCGUCUUCUUGGAGACUGCCGAAAUGCUACCAGCAGAUUAUUCAGAAAUAACCAAUCUCAAACACAUUAGAUUCCAAGACUAUCAUCAACACUCCUAUAAUAAUUAUGAACCAAACACCACUACAAAUCAACCAACCUACAAUAUAGAACUACUAUAUCAACUUGUAUUUUCCAAUAAAUCAUUGGUAUCAUUUGAUUUCAUUACGGUAUCACCGUCAUUGCAAUCUCAUUAUACCAUUGGCUUACAAUUUAUUCAAUCGAUCAUAGGCAAUAACAAACUGAAAGCAAAUACAAUUCAAUUCAUUUAUAAUAACGAUAGUAUUCUGGAUAAUGUAGAGAUGUCCGAUUUGGCAUGUGUUACCAACGCCACGCUGUUUGUUGAAAAUUCAUUCUCUGACGGCUCUGCACUCUUUAAGUUUGGAUCAUCGCGAAAACUGACGGUGUUCCUCAAAGCCGCUAGUCAAUAUAAUCUUCACAUGCCGUUUCAUCUCGGUCAAUUCAUAGAGCACUACUCUCUCUUCGAGGAGUUGACGUUGGUACUGCCAAAGGUUUCGUACCUAGCCGUGUUACUCCGGAGGGUUACCACCAAGUUCAAAACACUCAAUUUAGAAAUCGAGGAAUCACCUAUGGACUCGCUUUUCUAUAGUGACAAUAACUACGAUAAACUGGUUUCAUCGAUCAACGGUGUCUUUGGUUAUUUAGAAGAUGUUAAAUUUCAAUCGAUUCGAUCACUUUCAAUCAAACACCGACACUUUACAUUGGAAAACAAAAAUAGAAGACAACACAGCUUUAUAAACUCUGCUUUAAUCAAACAGGAAUAUUUAGAUAACAAACAAAUUCAAACAAGAUCAUUUAAAUCCAAAGAUCCAAUAAACUUUUAUAGAUAG